AUGGCAGACUGGCUAGAGUUUUUCAAUUUCGUUGGUGUUCAUGCAUAUAUUCGUUUUGGGAUGUGGGAGACACUCAAGCAACUACCCAUCCUAGAAAACAAAGAAAUCUACAGCGGCACCACUGCAAUGCUCUACUACGGCCGGGCUGUAGCGUUCGCAGCCACUGGCGAUGUGGACUCGGCAGCAAAGGAACGAAUUCUGUUCUUGGAGGCAUCGAAACUGGUACCCGAGUCCCGCAUGAUCUUCCUAAAUAAGGUCAAGGACGUCCUGGUUGUGGCAGCAGCCAUGCUGGACGGCGAGCUAGAAUACCGCCGUGGCAACUACGACCUCGCAUUCGACCAUCUAAGGGUUGCGAUCGAGCGGGACGAUGCACUCGUGUACGCCGAGCCCUGGGCCUGGAUGCUUCCUACCAGACACGCAUACGCCGCUCUCCUUCUGGAACAGGGCCGCGUGGAGGAUGCGAUGCAGGCUUACGCGGAGGACCUCGGGCUGGACGACGAGCUUGUGCGUGUCCGCCAGCACCCUAACAACGUCUGGGCGCUUCAUGGGUACCAUGAGCGUUUGGUGCGUUUAGGGCGCCGUGCUGAGGCUGCUCUCGUGGAGAAGCAGCUGCGCAUUGCGAAGGCGGGGGCUGAUGUCGUUGUUGACAGAUCUUGCUUCUGCCGGUUGGAGGUUGCUGCGAAUUCGAAAGACGAUGCCGGUUCUUAG